GCAUUGAGGCCGAUGCCGUUGAGGCGGAGAGUGUUUAAAUGCCGACAGAAAUCAAUGUGUUUUUAUAUACUGUAUUCAGAAGAAAAAUAUACAUGUUUUAAUAAGAUUUUGUGAACUCCUGCUUUAUUAUUUAAAUAAAUAAGAUACAGAUAAAUAAGAAACAGAGAAAUACUUUGCGCAUGCAAACAACAAUUGAAGAGGUUUUGUUCAAUUAAAAUUACAAGUGCGACUCGCUUAAACAAUGUGACGAAUUCCUGUCCCCUGCAUAAUAAAUACAUCUAUUAAGUUAUAAAAAACGGCAUUUGACAUAACCAAAAGACAAUAAUCAACUGUAUUUAUAUACAUAUAUUCCCAUAAACAACGCAAUUCAAAGCAGUUCGCCUCAGCUAACAAUUUGGAAUGGAGCCAAAUAGCUAUGUGCAGGCCUCGGCGUUGCCCAACAGCAAACGUUUCGUUGUCGAAGAUUCAAUUACUAAGGUGACCUCGGAUGGGGAACCGCACGGCAUGAUGACCAUGGUGGCAGGUUUGUCGGGCUUAUUAGCAGCCAUUAUUAUAUUGGCCGUGCUCGUUUCGAUGGUGGCAUGUCGCAAGCGUAAAACCUGUUGCCACAAAAGGAAGGCCUUGCAGCAGCAAGAUCCGAGCAAAUCAUUGGCCGUGGCCAUGACCAGCGUGGAGCGGUCGCAGCCACAGUUGGCCGGCAAUCUGAAUGCCGCCUUUGCGGAGAGCACACUGACCCUUAGCGUCGAUGUUAAGGACAAGGACAAGGACAAGGACAAGGAUAAUCAAUGGCCCACAGCAAUUGUGGUUCAGCGCUAUUAGACGCAGUGAUAGCGCUGGGAAAGCACGUGAUGAUUGUGAACACAAGAGACUGAGAUGCCGUGGUGGCGCCAACGAAGCCGCCACAGCCAAACAUAACAUUAAGCGAAUUAUAUUAUAGAAUACACAUUUUUUUUUUUUCAUGAUUAUUUGAAUUCAUUGCGAAUUUGGCGCACUUUUUUGUGCGUGUGUUGAGCAAUGCCAAGAAAUGCUAUCGAUAACCAAAUUAUCGACAGCUAGCCGAGGCAACAACCGAUACUGUAGCCAUUUAGUCCGUUACCAUUAAAAUA